AUAAUUUGUUUACGUUUCAAAAAAAGUGAAAUUUAUUUGUUUUCUCAAUUUUAAUUAUUCUUUAAUUUUGAUAUGGAAAUAGAAUUGUUGAAUCUGAAUGAUAAAGUAUGGAAGAGAAGCUAGAAAGUUAUCGAUUGAGAAAAAGACGAACAGAAAAGUUUCAAAGUUUAAAAGAAAAGUUCUUUAAAAUGGUUUCAAUAAAUAUUACAUCCAGUGAUAAGAAAGUUGAGGAAACGAAUGUGAAUAUUGAGAAUACAGAUACUGAUGACGUUGAGAAUGAGUCAAUAGCAUCGUCAACAACAACAAUAGCUGAAGAAAAUACAGAAAAUACUAAUAAUCGCUCGUGGCUAACAUAUUGUACCUGGUUGAUAUAUUUCUUAAUAUGGAUUACAUUAUAUGCCAUUGCAAUUGAAUUGAGCUUCGGUUCCGUUUAUUUCAUGCUCUCAUUGCUCUUAGGCAUCUGCUUUAAUACGAGAGUUAAACCGAAAGGAAAGAAGGAAAUUAGUGCUUAUAGCGUAUUUAAUGAGAAUUGUGAAUCUAUUGAUGGUACAUUUAAGGCUGAAAUGUUUGAGAAGCAAUUAGGUAUAAGGCAACUGUAAAGGAAUGUAUUACAUUAUCUGAAAUAAAGACUGUUAAGAUUGAA